UUUAUUUAUUAAAAAAAUAAUGGAGAAACUUGUAAGAAAACUGUGGAAGACAGGUUUCAACUCCGACAACCUCAUGUUUUGCUAAAUAUUCUGAUUUCCACAUUGGAACAUUCGUCUCUUUCUUUCUUUCUUUCUUUUUUCCUUAUAUUUCUUCUUGGGUGUAACAUUUCCUUCCUCUUUUAGCUAAUGUCUACCAUUUUUUUGAGUGACAGAAUACCUUAAAGGAGUUUAUCAUAUCAAAGAAGUUUAGCUUAAUUGCCUACUGAAUAUACAGUUGAAGAGUUGUAUGAAAUUGAAACAGCUUGUUAAAAUUGUGUGAUGGUAAUUGUGCCAUCCGGAGAAGAAGCUGUAUGAUGGCAACAGCUGCUAUUAUCGGACUUACUGUUGGAAAGCGAUUCUUGAGUUCUUCGUUUUCGUAUUCCGAUAUCAUUGAGAAGCACUCGUAUGCCGGUGAUUAUGGCGGAGCUCCACAUUAUCAAACUGCUCCCACUAAAAGUUUAAUAGUUGCAAAGAAAUCAUCUAAUUGUAGCCAAAGUGUUCCUUCAUAUGAUCGGCGUAGUCGGUCGAUCAAAGCUCUUAAGGAGCAUGUGGAUGCUGCUUCCCUUGUUUCAACUGCCGAACCUUGGUUUCAGGGAUCCAAUGAUUUUGAAGAAGAAAGCUAUGAACUUGACUACUCUGUGGAGGCUCUUUUUUUGUUUCAGAAGUCUAUGCUCGAACAGCAAUGGACUCUUUCAUUCGAAAGGACAGUGUUCACUGAAUCACCAAGUAGAAAAACUAAAAAGAAGGUACCUGUUACUUGUUCUGGGGUGUCAGCUCGGCAACGGAGAUUCAAUACUAGGAUGCAACCUAAUGCUAAGCAGCUAAGAUCAUUGAUCAGUCCGGAGCUGCUUCGAAGUCGUUUGAAGGGUUAUGUGCGAGGUGUUGUAAGUGAAGAGUUGCUCAGCCAUGCGGAAGUUGUUCGAUUGUCGAAGAAAAUCAAAGCCGGACUUUCCUUGGAGGAUCAGAGAUUGAGACUGAAGGAGAGGCUCGGGUGUGACCCGUCCGAUGAACAGCUUGCAACUUCCCUGAAGAUUUCUCGUGCCGAGUUGCGUUCAAUGUUAAUUGAAUGUUCAUUGGCAAGAGACAAAUUGGCAAUGAGCAAUGUUCGUUUGGUUAUGUCCAUAGCUCAAAGAUACGAUAACAUGGGUGCUGAAAUGCCUGAUCUUAUUCAGGGUGGUUUGAUCGGACUAUUGCGCGGCAUCGAAAAAUUCGAUUCUUCAAAGGGAUAUAAAAUUUCAACUUACGUUUACUGGUGGAUACGUCAGGGUGUAUCGAGAGCAUUAGUUGAUAACUCGAGAACUUUAAGGUUGCCUACUCAUAUGCAUGAACGACUGGGAUUAAUCCGAAAUGCAAAAUAUAGACUCGAAGAGAAAGGAAUAACGCCAACUAUUGAUAGGAUUGCCGAGAGUCUGAACAUGUCUCAGAAGAAAGUCCGGAAUGCAACGAAGGCAGACAGUAAGGUCUUCUCACUCGACCGCGUUGCGUUCCCCUCAUUGAACGGUCUUCCCGGAGAGACUCAUCAUAGUUACAUUGCAGAUAACCAUGAAGAAAACAAUCCUUGGCAUGGAGUAGAUGAAGGGGCACUCAAGGAUGAAGUGAACAGACUCAUCGGUAUAACACUGGGAGAACGAGAAAGGGAGAUCAUAAAACUUUAUCAUGGUCUCGGUAAAGAAAGUCUUACAUGGGAGGACAUCAGUAAACGGAUCGGUUUGUCGAGAGAGAGAGUCAGGCAAAUCGGGCUUGUCGCGCUGGAGAAACUAAAAAACGCGGCGAGGAAGAAUGGAAUGGAAGCUAUGCUAUUGAAACAGUGAUUUUCGAAAUUCAGACAUAAACAUUGGUAAAAAUGAUUGUAUAUAUAUACAGAAAGCAAAAUUGUAUCUUCAAUGUCAAGACUAAAAGGGCAUGGCUGCCAUGAACUUAAAACUCCCUGUAACCAGAGUUCAACAAACUGACUGUAUUACGGAUCGGGAAAAAAUUUUAUGCAUCGAAUUUUUCUGUAAUUAUGAUGAUAAACAUGUUGUUUGAAUGCAUAUAGUGAUUUUAUA